UUGCGGGCUCCGAGCCCCAAGCCUCAGCGCCUCCCUGACUCCCCUCGUCCUUCUCCUGAGAGCAGCCCCGGGCAUGGCACAGAUGCUCCUGCUGCUCCUGACUGCCUUGGUCCAAGCCCUAACUUCCUCAUCUGUGGCGUUCACAGGUGACAGCUCAGAGGAUCAGGCAUUCAAGGUGUCCAUUGGGGGUGACUCCCCUCUUCGAGGGGUCCUUGGGGGCUCCAUUACUAUCCCCUGCCACAUCUCCUACCUUAGGCCACCACCCCCAACCCCUCCCCCAGGCCGCAGGGCUGUCCUGGGCUCUCCCAGAGUCAAAUGGACUUUCCUGUCUGGGGGUCGGGAGGCUGAGGUGUUGGUGGCUCGUGGCCUCAAGGUCAAGGUCAGUGAAGGCUACAGGUACCGGGUGGCUCUACCUGGAUAUCCAGCCUCAACCACUGAUGUCUCCCUGGUGCUGAGUGAACUGAGGUCCAAUGACUCUGGCUUAUAUCGUUGUGAAGUCCAACAUGGGAUUGAUGAUGGCAGUGAUGCCGUUGAGGUCAAGGUUAAAGGGGUCGUCUUUUUGUACCGAGAGGGCUCUGCCCGCUAUGCUUUCUCCUUCUUCCGUGCAAAAGAGGCUUGUGCCCGUAUUGGGGCCCGAAUAGCUAGCCCUGAGCAGCUCUAUGCUGCUUACUUGGGGGGCUAUGAACAGUGUGAUGCAGGAUGGCUAUCAGACCAGACUGUAAGGUAUCCCAUCCAGACUCCCCGAGAGGCCUGUUAUGGAGACAUGGAUGGAUUUCCUGGAGUUCGUAACUAUGGCAUGGUGGAUCCAGAGGACCUCUAUGAUGUUUACUGCUAUGCUGAAGAUCUAAAUGGGGAGCUGUUUCUGGGCUCUACCCCAGACAAGCUGACCUUGGAAGAGGCACGGGCUUAUUGCUGGGAACGGGGAGCAGAGAUCGCCACAACAGGACAACUUUAUGCAGCUUGGGAUGAAGGCCUGGACCGGUGUAGCCCUGGGUGGCUUGCCGAUGGUAGUGUGCGCUACCCCAUCGUCACACCCCGACAGCGUUGUGGGGGAGGCCUGCCUGGUGUCAAAACACUCUUCCUCUUCCCUAAUCAGACUGGGUUUCCUAAUGCACACAGCCGUUUCAACGUCUACUGCUUCAGAGACCCUGCUCAAUCCUCUGUCUCCCCGAGGAAUCCCUAUCCAGCCUCAGAUGGGCUGGAGACCAUUGUUACAGUGACAGAGACCCUUCAGGAACUUCAGCUACUUCAGGAGGCCACACAAAGUGAGUCUCGAGGAGCCAUCUACUCUGUCCCCAUUUCAGAGGACAGCAGGGGAAUUAGCUCCACCCCAGAGGAUCCUGAAGAGGCCCCCAAGACAUUCCUAGAGGAUGCAGACCAAUCAGUUACCCCGCCCAUGCGGUCUUCUGAGGAGGAGGAGCAGGAGGAAGAUGAGAAGGUGAUAGAGGAAGAGGAUGAGGAGGGGCAAGAGGAGGGAGAAAAGGAGGAGGAAGUGGAAGAUGAAGCUCCUUCUCCGGUACUAAGUGAGAUCCGGGAAGUAGCCAUAGAGAAUGGCUCCCUCUCCACUGAGCCUCCCCGUGAGGAAAGGCUGUCUGAGGCUCCUCUGGUGGCCCAGGUGUCUGUACAUGAUGGCGCCAUGCUCUCUCCUGGGGGGCAGCCAGAGGGGCCCAAGCAUCCAAGAGUCAGGGGGCAGUCCAUCGAGACCCUACCAACCCUUGGGGCUAUGGCUCAUGGGGAAGGGAGCCAAGCAUCCCCUCCACCCACUACACCUGUCGGUACUGAGGAAGAAGAUGAGGAAGAGGUCGGGGCACCGGAGCUGUCUGGGGGCACUCCUCCCUGGGUCCCUCAUGGAGAGAGCGAUGAAGUGGGGAGUUCUGAAGAGGCACCCAGUCUGUCUCCAACAACUGGGACACUGCCAGGAGUGGAGGGGAAGGAGGGGGCAGGGGACAGGGUGGCCCCCCCUGAAGAGGCUCUGGGAAGGACAGCACCUGUGGAGACCUCCGUCAGGGCCCAGCCAGCGCUACCCACUGAGAGCGCAGGCCUGGGAGCUGCGGGGGCUGCAGCCCCCUCACCAGGUGAUUGUGUGCCCAGCCCCUGUCACAAUGGGGGGACAUGCUACGAGGAGGGUGAUGGUGUCCACUGCUUAUGUCUACCCGGCUAUGGGGGGAACUUGUGCGAGAUUGGACUCCGAUUCUGCAGUUCUGGCUGGGAUGCCUUCCAGGGUUCUUGCUACAAGCAUUUUUCAACUCGGAGGAGCUGGGAGGAGGCUGAAACUCAGUGCCGGCUUCAUGGAGCCCACUUAGCCAGCAUCAGCACACCUGAGGAGCAGAAUUUCAUCAACAAUCAAUACAGAGAAUACCAAUGGAUUGGGCUGAACGACAGAACCAUUGAGGGAGAUUUCCUGUGGUCAGAUGGCGUUCCCUUGCUUUAUGAGAACUGGAACCCAGGGCAGCCAGACAGCUACUUCCUAUCUGGAGAAAACUGUGUGGUCAUGGUCUGGCAUGACCAGGGACAGUGGAGUGAUGUUCCCUGCAACUACCACCUGUCCUAUACCUGCAAGAUGGGGCUGGUGUCCUGUGGACCACCCCCAGAGCUGCCCUUGGCCCUGGUCUUUGGCCGGCCAAGGUCCCGCUAUGAAGUAGAUGAUGUGCUUCGCUAUCACUGCCAGGAAGGGCUGGUCCAGCGCAACUCUCCCCUGAUCCGGUGCCUUGAGGAUGGCCAGUGGGAGCCCCCUCAGAUUUCCUGUGUACCUAAACGUCCUGCACGAGCCCAGCUCCGGAGGACGGCCCUGAAGGAGCGACAGGCAGCUAGGAGGGCCGGAGGCUGCCGGGCAACUGGUGGACACUGCUGA